UGAAUCCAUUGUCCUCCUAAAUCCCAAAUCUCCAAUCAAAGCGACCAUUCCAAUCGUCUCCCCCAAUAUCCCCAAACCCUAACCCUGCAUCGUCGCCCCGCCAUGUCCGCCCGCCUCAAGGACCGCGGCGGCGGCAAGGCCGCGGCCUCCCGCCCGAUCACCCCCAAGCCCUUUUCCUCUUCGUCCGCCAGACGCCCGCCCGCCGCUGCCGGCAAGGAGAACCUCGCGUCCAAGCCAUCCAAGCCCACCUCCGCCGUGCGGUGGUCCACGUCGUCGAUCCCGCGGGCCAGCAGGAUCCCGAGCUCGGUGGAAUCCUCCAAGCUCGUUCCCACCCUCAGGGCGUCCGUGCUGCCGGGGAGGGCUUCCAUCGGGAAGGACCUCCUGGCGGGGGCGGGCUUGCAGCGGAGUGCGAGUGGUGGGAUCAGGGCUUCGUCUGUUGAGAAAGGGAGGAGGUCGGUGAGUUCUGUUGGAUCCAGUUCUUCGGAGGCUAGGAAAGGGAGUGGUGGCGCUGGCGCUGAUGACAUCGGCAGGAGAAAAGAGGGGUUUGAUGCGAAGGCCAAGGGGGUUGAUGAGAUAGACAGGAAAAGAGAUGGCUUUGAUGCCAAGGCAAAGCAAACUGAUGAGAUUUCCACGAAAAGGGAGAGCUUUGAUGCAAAGGCCAAGCAGAUCCGUGCGAAAAGAGAUAGCUUUGGUGUGAAUGUGGCGAAGCAAUGUGAUGAGAUCAAAGGGAAAACAGAGAUCUUUGACACUAAUGUGAAGAAGCAAAGUGAAAAGAUUGGUGGGAGAAAAGAUGGCUUUGAUCCGAAGGCAAAGGCAGGUGAUGAAAUCAGUAGGAAGAAAGAGGGACUCAAUAUGAAAUUGGUGAAGGAGAUCCAUCCAAGUAAAGCCGAUUCAGGAGAAGCUUCUUCCAAAGCUGCAGCCUUUUCUGCUACCCACAAGGAUGGCGAGGAAGGCAACAGUUCUGUCAUCCCAGUGUUCACUGUCCAUAUGGUGGACUCCAAUGAUGUCCCUGGUGGAGCGAGAGAACAACAGAAGAAUACUAAGGAUUGUAACAAGCAGGAAGAAAAGGGGAAAUUGGCAGACAAGAUUAGAGUUUUUGAGAAAGCUUCAGCAAGUGGUGAAGGAAGGCCAGCGAAAGCUUUGUCUGCUAUGAACAGGUACCCAAGCAAGCUUCAUGAGAAACUAGCUGUGUUGGAAGUGAGGGUUCAGAAGAUUGCUACCGAGAUCAAGAAAACCAAGGAAAUGCUGGAUGAGAACAACCCGGAUGAGCCAAAGCAGAUCUUGUCUAAUAUUCAGAAGGAAAUCAAUGCCAUUGAGAAGGCUAUUUCGCAUGUUAAGGAUGAUAAUAAGAUUCAGCUAGGCACUGCAGAUAGCAGUGACUGUUUGAGCUCUCAUGCUGAAAGGGCUGGAAAUAGUACAGUUGUGAAGCCAGAUGAUGUAAAGCAUGGUGGAAAAGGGAUGAAUACUGAUGAAUUGGAGGCGAGGUUCUUUCCACAUCACAAAUUGUUGAGGGAUCGUAGAUCAUCUACUUCUACUCAACAGGUGCCAUGCACAGAUCUGAAGAAAGAUUGUAAUGGAAAAAUAGAGCCUCGUGAUGAUGAGAACAGUAUAGCCAUGGAAUUUCUGGCUUCUUUAGAUGGUGAACAGAAUGACUUUUUCAAGGACCGUCGAGCUAAGAACUUGGAAAAGAACAUGAUAUGUGAAGUAGCAGAUGCCACCAGCAAGACAUCAAGCCAAGAUAGCUCAAAGAAUCCAGUUUGUUCAAAUCACACGGCGGAAAUUGAAUUGCUUGCUACAGAGAAACUAGAAGAGUUUGAUGAGCAAGAAAACAAGCCCUCAAUGAUGGUGCAGGAGGAAACUGAGGAGUCUUCCAAUGACCAAUUAUCAGGAAUUGGAAACAAAUCUUCAACAGGUGGAUGGUUUGUUUCAGAGGGGGAAGCUGUUCUUCUUGCUCAUGGAGAUGGCACAUGCUCAUACUAUGACAUUGCAAACCAUGAGUUCAAGACUGAAUACAAGCCUCCCGGUGUGGUAUCAAAUAAUAUGUGGGGUGAUUGCUGGUUGAUUCGUGCCCCAGGUGUAGAUGGAUGCUCUGGUAGAUAUGUUGUUGCAGCAUCAGCUGGCAAUGCAUUGGAGCCUGGGUUUUGCAGCUGGGACUACUAUACUAGAGAAGUAAAAGCAUUUCAUGUUGAAGAGGAGAUGUCACAUGCUUCUGCUCUGUCAUCCAGGGCUGUUCUUGGGCCUCUUUCUAAUGUAGGUCCAUCAAGAUCUAUCUCUGCAUUGCCAAAUGUAGAAAGACAGCAAUGGUGGUAUAGACCCUGCGGUCCUCUCCUUCUUUCUACUGCUAGCAAGCAAAAGAUGGUCACAGCUUAUGAUAUCCGUGAUGGUGAUGUAGUCAUGAAAUGGGAAGUGAACAACCCAGUAAUGGGAAUGGAAUACUCCAGCCCACUACAAUGGCAUAGCAAGGGAAAAGUAGUAAUUGCUGGGAGUGAGUCAAUAGGGUUGUGGGAUGUGAAUACGCUUAACCCACAACCCUUAUUAUCUGUUUCUUCUGGUAAGAAAGUGUACUGUCUUCAUGUGAAUAAUACUGAUGCUGAGGUGGGUGGUGGAGUUCGUCAAAGGGUUAGUUCAUCUGAAGUGGAGGGAAAUGAUGGUGUUUUCAGCACACAGGAAAGCGUAAAUGUAUUUGAUUUUCGUGUACCUGCUGGCAUUGGUCUCAAAAUCGCAAGACAUGGCGGUACGACAAAUUCAAUCUUCUCGCGGGGAGACUCGGUAUUUAUUGGUAGCACAGAAGGCAGGCUGCAAAUAAAAGGGGGGCUGAGAUCACGAGUUCAGCAAUACUCGCUGAGAAAGGGGAAGCUUGUUGCAACCUAUGAGUUACCAGAGUUCAAUGCUCAUAUUUAUCACUCUUCAAUAACUCAAGUAUGGGGCAAUUCAAACCUCGUCUUGGCUGCAUGCGGUAUGGGGCUAUUUGCCUUUGACACCUUUAAGGAAGACUUGCAGCCAACUUACAGCUUUGACCGUGGGAACACCAUUGGAGUGAGAGAGGCUAUUGGCCCUGAUAAUUUGUACUGCCCUACAUUUGAUUACACAUCGUCAAGGGUUCUUCUCGUCUCAAGAGACCGUCCAGCGCAUUGGAGGUACUUGUCAUAGCUAUCUAUUUAACAUGUGUUCGUGUGCAUCAUGUGUCAUGUAAUAUAUGUGCUUUAUUUAUGCUUCACCUCUGGUGUGUCAAGCUUCUUGCUUUCACUGUACUAGAAGAAAUUAUCUAGUAUUUUGCUCCCUGCAGCAUUUUCUAUCUUCUGUAACUUCGUUUUA